GCCUGCCAACACAGAAGUAACUGACUGAAGUGACUGCAGACAUUAAAGGUGUACAGAGCCUACAAACACUCAUUCAAGUGUGUUUUGUAAAGAUCUGGCCAACCUGCCGGUGCAUAGAGGCUACAGGAUUCUGACUCACAUCUGAUACUCAAACUAACUGCCCCUGAGUAAAGCCAGAGAGUAGGAGCGAUGGAUGAACGGAGGAUUGUGCUUCUUGGGAAAAGAAGUGAUGGUAAAAGCAGCGCUGGAAAUCUGAUACUGGGUGAACAAGUAUUUGGUUCUAAAUGUUCACCCAACUCACAAACUCAAAAAUGCUACUUAAAUACAAAAUCCAUUAAUAAGAAGUUAAUAACAGUCAUUGACACACCUGGGUUUUUUGACACUAGUCUCACUUCAGAGGAACUAAACUCUGAAAUAUUACGAUGUGUUACUGAGUGUGCACCAGGCCUACAUGCAUUUGUGAUUGUGCUCAAAGUUGGAAGAUACACAAAGCAUGACAUUGAAACUGUGAAAAAAAUAACAGAGUCAUUUGGAGAGGAUGCACUAAGAUAUGCAGUGGUGCUCUUCACCUUUGGUGAUCAACUCACUGAGGGCCAGACUAUUGAAGACUUUGUGAAGCAAAGUACAGAGUUACAGCAGCUUGUGAAUAAAUGUGGAGGUCGUGUUCAUGUCACUGAUAAUAAAUACUGGAAUGGGCAACAGGAUGAGCACAGGAGCAACAGGGUUCAGGUGGAGAAGCUACUGAACACCAUAGAGGAGAUGGUGAGGGAGAAUGGAGGAAAGUGUUACACCAAUGAGAUGCUACGGCUAGUAGAGAAAGGUAUACAUAAAGAGUGUAAGGCUUUAUGUGAGGAAGGUAAAGAGGAAUCAGAUAACAUGGUGAGAGAAAAAGCAAAGCCGAGAGUUCAUAGCAACCUGUUAGCAAAGUUAGUGGGGACGGGAACAGGAGCAUUGACAGGUGCUUUCCUUGGCCUUGAGGCUGGAGCCUUAAUUUCAGUGAGCGUUCCAGAAUGCACACCAAUUAUACUUGGAACAUCAUGUGCAGCUGGAGCAACAGCAGGAUGGAUUAGAAGUUAUCAUGUGGCAGAUGGGCAGAGACUGUGGGUUUUUGCAAUGAAAAUGGCAUAUAAAGAAAUAGUUAAAGGUGUAAAAGAAGUAAUAAAUAAAAUUAAAGAACUCUUAUCUUAAGUAUAAGAUUACCACAAAGAUCAGUAUACAUUUAAACAGUAGAUCUCAUUUGAUUAGUGAGAUUUCAAAGAUAAGAGAGCAAAUUAAUGUGUGUAAACAAUGAACAUACUGAAGCAGUUUACACAUAUAUGGCUUGUAUGUACACUUUUCGACUUUAUUGUUGGAUUUUGAACAAUAUUACAUUUAGUUUAUCCAUUUAUCAUAAUGAACAGAAACAAAAAAUCUGUCAUAUUGUUUUAUACAGACGCAGCCUGUUCAUUAUAUGUAAUCAACAGAAAUGUCCCAUAGGUGUAGGUUCUAUUUUGAUUAUUUGAUGUCUGUACCUUUUUGUUUUUUGUUCAAGGGACUUAAUACGUUCACAUUCACACGUGUUUGUUUGAGUAGCCUUACACUGGAUUUGUCAUUGAUGUGGAUUCUAUAUUAAAUGCAUUACUUCUUAUUACAA